GGCCGCCUGGAGCAGCAGCCUGUGUGGAGACAAGUACCCAGCAGCCCAGGAAGCCAGCCAGCGUCUGCCCCAGCUUUAGGUGUCACUGUCUCCGUGUGAACAUCGCCAUGUCUGCGGUCCCCCGGGCUGAGACCUUUGUCUUCCUGGACCUGGAAGCCACUGGGCUCCCCAAUGUGGACCCCGAGAUUGCUGAGAUCUCCCUGUUUGCCGUCCACCGCUCCUCUCUGGAGAACCCAGAGUGCGAUGAGGCUGGCACCCCUCUGCUGCCCCGGAUCCUGGACAAGCUCACGCUGUGCAUGUGCCCAGAGCGCCCCUUCACCUCUAAGGCCAGUGAGAUCACCGGCCUGAGCAUCGAGGGCCUGGCACAGUGCCGGAAGGCUGGCUUCGAUGAAGCCGUGGUGCGGACACUGCAGGCCUUCCUGAGCCGCCAGGAGGGCCCCAUCUGCCUCGUGGCCCACAAUGGCUUUGAUUAUGACUUCCCCUUGCUGUGCACGGAGCUGCAGCGUCUAGGUGCCCACUUACCCCCGGAUACCACCUGCCUGGAUACACUGCCAGCACUGCGAGGCCUGGACCAUGCCCACGGCCACGGCACCCGGGCCCAGGGCUGCAAGGGUUACAGCCUGGGCAGCCUCUUUCGCCGCUACUUCCAGGCCGAGCCUAGUGCAGCCCACUCGGCUGAAGGCGAUGUGCACACUCUGCUUAUGGUCUUUCUGCACCGUGCUGCUGAGCUGCUUGCCUGGGCUGACAGGCAGGCCCGCAGCUGGGCUCACAUCAAGCCCAUGUACGUGCCGCCUGAUGGCCCAAGCCUCGGGGUCUGA